AUGCCGCUGCCGCCCUGGGCGAGGCGGCUCGACUUCGCCCGCGCGGGCGCCGACGAGGCCUUCCAUGCCAGGCAGCGGGCGGCGCGGCGCAGCCCCGUGGGCAGGCUGCACGAGGAGUUCGCCGCGGAGGCCGAGCGCGCCCUGCGGGAGCCGGGCGCGCCGCGCUGCGACGCGGGGCACCUCGACGGUGGCGUGCUCUGCGUGAGCCUGGCGUCCUGCGCCGCGAGGCGGGAGCACACGCUGCGUGAGCUGGGCGCCUGGGGCUUGCCUCGGAGGGCGCCAGCCGUCGAAGCCGACCUGGAGGUGCUGGAAUGGUACAAUUCCGACAGGGUGGCGAAGUACCCGCCGUGUUUUCGAUGCGGCGGCAUCAUGACCUGUCUCUGCCCGAAUAACGUGUUGCUGGUGGAGCAGGUGGCGAACUGGCUGUCCUUCCGGAGGGCGUGGAGGACCAUGGCGGAGGGGCCGCACGACUGGUACCUCCUGGUCGAGGACGACGUGAAGUUCACCCGCCGCGCGGCCGAGUGCUGGAACGCGCUCGUGACCCCGGCGCUGCUGCAGCGCUGCUCGGGCCUUCCGUGCAUCGUGCGCUGCGGUUGGCAACUCUGGUGGGACUACGUCGACGAUCUCCCGCCGGAGCUCGCAGAGGGCGUCGUCCGGAUGUCGAACCACUGCUCGGUGCUGAAUCGCUCCAUGGCGGCGGAUCUGCUCCAGGCGAGCGACCGGCUGCUGAGCGACACCUCGGACGUCUUCGUCCACGAGCGGGUGGCUCCGCGGCACAGGAUUUCACCAUGUUUCCCCCCAUCUCCUACGACCUCUCGAGCGCGCUUACAGUCCCGUCCACCAUCAGACCGAAGGGCGCCGAGGGUGAUGACCCAGACCACGCCUCCGCAAUCCACAAGGCGGUGCGCAUCACGCCGCGCACCGUGCGGGCGUGGCUGCAGCUGCUGA